AUGGCAAAGCUUAAAGCCGAGAAGGAGAGAAAAGAGCAGCUAGAGAAGGAGCGAAAAGAAAAUGCGGAAAAACUGUUCCAGCGGUGGAAGACCGAAAGGGAUGAAAGGAUAAAAAUCGAAAAGGAAAAACAAAAGAGAAAAGAAAAAGAAAAACUGCAAAGAGAAAAAGAAGAAAAAGAGAGGAAAAAGCAGGAAGCACAAAAGACGUUUGAAAUGUGGAAAAAAGAAAGAUCAAAAUCAAUGACUGAUUUACGAAUCAAGGCAAACGAGAAAGAGCUGAAGAAAAGGCAAGAGUUGGAAAAAAUGAAGGCUGAAAAGGAGAAAGAAGCACAUGCUGCAUAUCUUGCAUGGGUGGAAAAAAAGAAAAAGUCGCCACAAGGAAAACGUAACAAUGAUGUUAAAAAAGAAAAGGAUGAAAUUCGGCAAUAUAAAGCUCUUCUGGCACAAGAAGCAUACGAAACUUGGUUGGAAAUGAAGGACCACGAACGGGACAUGAUGGCAAAUUUAGUCCUUGUCGAACCACCACCAAUCCCAUGGAUUCCUCCAAGCAAUAUGGUGCCUCGACGAUUUGUGCGCUCUUCCCAAGAAAAUCGUAGAUCAAAAUCGGCAAAAUCAAUUCGAGAACGUAGUAGACCAGCAACAGCCAUGAGACCUUUUCGUUAA